UUCGAGCACGACGAUGACUACGACGAAAAUCACCAGGUUGACAUUGCUACUACUGUUCGCCUUAUCAGUGGCAGCCCAAGAAGCAAAAGGAUAUGGUGUUACUCAAGGUAUCAACUGUUAUGGUAAAGAAUAUGUCUGCGUUGGCCCAUUAAACUAUAAGCAUUGUGAAUGGGAUGCUCAAGGAAAUACCUAUGCUUCGGGUAGCGUGAUACAGUGUCCCCCUAACCACCGUUGCGUGAACGAUGGAGUAGAAAUUUGUAUUCCGCUUAAAUUAUCCACAACAGCACCUCAAGCAGCGCGCCCAAUCACCUCAGAGCAAAUAAUCGUCAACUCAAUAUCGACUGAAGCUCCCGUAAAAAUUAAAGAAUUAAAAUGGGAAUCUACAUCUACUAUAACGGAUACCACAACAGAUAAAGCAGUAAAUAAAGAGACAUCAAGUAUUCCUGUUGACACAACAACUAUCGCAGAUGAUUCAAUUUGGACCACGUUUUUAACAGAGAAUCCGAACUUUUAUAAUACACUCGAGCCGAAAUCAACUGAUCCCAAUUUUCAGUUUGCUACUAGUCUACCCCUUGAGACAACAACGGGUGCUAUUUUAGAAACUACGUCACUUCAAUACGAAACAACUACUACUUCGGAUACUUAUGUGACAUUAACUCCAAUUUCAUCGGAUGAUUCCAGUAUACCAGUUAACUCCAAUAAUGUCUUGGUGGCCGGAUCAAAAAUAGAUGAUACGCAUGUAGCUCUUGUUAAAAUAACUCUGGAAAAUCAAGCUUAUGACACAACCACCACUAUAAACUUUUCCGCUGAUCCCAAUUCCCCAGAGAAUUCUUAUUUGUUAGCUAACACAAAUAUUUCUGAGAGUGAUGAUUCUACAAUGACUAAAAAUGAAUUUUCAGAUUCGUUAACAGAGAUAUAUCAUGAAACUACAGUAACUGCAGAAUUGGAGAACUAUGUGGAAUUUGAAACAAAAGCGCCAAUAGAUGCGAGUUUUUCAAUAUCUCCAGAUAGCUCACCUACCAACACAGCUGAUCCUACUACAACAACUAUUCCUGUUGAAGAAUCCAAUACUAUCGUUCCAAGUGCUUCAUCUGAACCCAGCACAUCAACAAGUUCAAGUUUACUGGAGAACUCUAACAUCCCGAUCGAAUUAGAUGGGUCAACAGAUCUUCAUACAGCAAAUUUUGCGGUGGAUAAAACCAAUUCUAUCGUUCCAAGUGCUCCAUCUGAUAACAAACUAGCAAGUUCCAGUUUACCAGAGAACUCCAACAUCCCAACCGAAUUAAGUGGGUCGACAGAUCUUAACACACCAAAUAUUCCAGUUGAUAAAACCAACUCAAUCGUUCCUAGUGCUCCAUCUGAGAACACACCAGUAUUUUCACGUUUACCAGAAAAAUCUAACAUCCCAGUCGAAACAAGUACGGCAACUAAUCCUACUACAACAACCAUUCCAGUGGAAGAACCCAAUACCAUCGUUCCAAAUGUUUCAUCUGAACACAGUACAUCAACAAGUUCAAGUUUACCAGAGAACUCCAACAUCCCAACCGAAUUAAGUGGGUCGACAGAUCUUAACACACCAAAUAUUCCAGUUGAUAAAACCAACUCAAUCCUUAAUACAGCAAAUAUUCCGGUGGAUAGAACCAAUUCAGUCGUUCCAAGUGCUCCAUCUGAUAACACACCAGCAGGUUCAAGUUUACCAGUAAACUCCAACUUCCCCAUCGAAUUAGGUGAAUCAACAGAUCUUAAUACAGCAAAUAUUCCGGUAGAUAGAACCUAUUCAGUAGUUCCAAGUGCUCCAUCUGAUAACACAUCAGCAAGUUUAAAUUUACCAGUGAAGUCUAACAUCUCAAUCGAAUUAAGUGGCUCAACUGGUAAUAACUCAGUUAGCAUUGCAAAUCCUAGCUUAGUAGUUGAGCGUGACUCUUCCUUAGGCGAUGCAAAUCAAAUUGACUCACGGGAUUCUAUUAAUAAGAAUGAAAGAAGCCCGUCAGUUGAUCUUAGUGUCCCUAAAACCCCAAGUAACCCAAUCAGUUCAAGUGCUUCAGCUAACUCGCCGGUUGAUGAAAUAACAAAUGUUCAAAACAAACCUUUAGAAAAUAACUCGCCGUCAAGGAAUCAGCCAGCUGAACCAAAGGCACCAAUUAUCUCAAACUCACCUUCAGUUCCCAAGAUUCUAAGUCCAAUCAAUCACAUUACUUCAACAAAUAUUAAUCGAAUGAGACCAAGUUCAUCAAUUAAUCCAAACACAAUUAAAAAAUCGGUUCCAACCGAUUUUAGUCCUUCAGCGGAGCCAAACACACCUUCUGACCACACAUUACCAAUUCAUUCGAGUGUUUUACGCACUGGCUUUCCAAAAUUGUACCUACACUCUCGUAAUAAAGGAAGCAACUCUAAUGGAGGAACAGAUAAUGGUUUCCUACUUUUACCAAGGCACACUAUUGCAUCUAGUUUUUCAGGCUUGUCCAAAAAGCCUGUAGAAAUAGAGUCGAGUGAAAUUAACUCUUCUAAAUCUGGUAUUAAAGAUGAGGACUCAAUUGAAGUAAAAUCAAAGGACAAUAGUAAAAAGUCAAAGAGGACGAAGAAUUCCGGGGAUAAUAAAAAUAAUAAGCAAAAUCAAGAAACAGAAGAAGGAGAUUCAGGUGAAGUUUAUUUUGCUGAAAAAAGCCAAAACAAGUAUACCUCUUUGGAAAAUAAAUCUGGAGAAAAUAGGAAAGAAUCCAAGGAUAGUAAGGAUUUGGAAGAGAAAAAAAUUAAAGUUGAACGCAAGCCUGAUGACGAAGACGACGAAAGUUCAUCAAGUGAGCAGAAGGAAAUAAUUAAGAAAAUCGUAAAGGAACUGAAAGAUAGCAAAUGUGACGAAGAUGAUAUUUACCCAGACCCUAAAGAUUGCAAAAAAUUCUACCGAUGCGUGAAAAAGGAUCACAAGACCAGGAUAACUCAUUUACGCUGCGAAAGUGGUGAUCGUUUUGACUCAGACAAACUUAAAUGUGUAGACAAACGGAAGGCCAAAUGUUUAUCGAAAGAAGAUUUUAUAGAAGAGUUCGCUUGAAUCUCGUAAUAGAAGCCAUUGUCAACAUUUCAAAGAUAGUCCGAAUUUGAUUAAUUAUUAUUCAAUAGAUUAUGUACACGUAAUAUAUUUUCGAAAACUUAAACCUGUAACACUAGUGAUAGUUUCCAAAUGACGAUCGAUUAAAAAUAUUCAACUGUAAUUACAA